AUGGCGGACGUCUCGGCGUGCGUCUCCGUCCGUUCCAUGACGACGUUGUGGGAGACCAAGAUCCGGAAAAUCCACGAAGGCCGCGAUAAGCAGAGCAAGAAGUCGGGUGAGGCGGCGGCGGCCACGGCGGGCGUUUGGGAGGAACGCCACACGCUGGCUCGCCUCAAAGACAAACUCAAGAUACAAGAUGGCCGCCUGCUUUUACACCUGGAGAACGAGGAGUGGAAGGUGCUGCCGCGAUGCCUGGCCCGGCUGAAUCAAGUCCAGGAGUGGCACGUCCGCCGGACCGGACUGCAAAAGAUUCCCACCUUCAUCUCCGGCUUAGACAAUCUCCUGGUCCUGGAUUUGUCCCGGAACGCGCUGUCCGAGAUCCCCGUGGAAAUCGGCGGCUUGACGCGACUUCGAGAGCUUCUGCUCAGCUUCAACAGAAUCCGACGGCUUCCUGAGGAGCUGGGAGACUGCCGCGCUCUGGAGAGGUUGGAACUGGCCGCCAACCGAGACCUGGACCACCUACCUGACAAACUGAGCCAGCUGAGUCUUCUGGAGCGGCUGGACCUGUCCAUGAACGCCUUCGAGACCUUCCCGCCGUGUCUGCUGCGCAUGCCUGCGCUGGAGUGGCUGGACAUGGGGGGAAACGGGCUGCGCUCCUUGCCCGAAGACAUCCACAGGAUGGAGAAGCUGCGCGCCCUGUGGCUGCAGAGGAACCGGCUGGAGAGGGUCCCGGACUCGGUGGGCACGAUGGCGCAACUGGACACGCUGGUCCUCAGCGGCAACCGGCUGACCGACAUUCCCCCCGUCAUGGAGGACAUGCGCAACCUCAGGUUCGUCAACUUCCGAGACAACCCUCUGACGAUAGAAAUGGACAUGCCGGUCGAGUCGGACGAGGAUGACGACGAGGGUGAGGGAGAAGCCUUCGGUCGAGACUUCAUGCUGACGUACAUCCGGGAGGUCCGGAGGAGGACGCGCGCCGCCCUUGACUCGCGC